UUUUCUUCUCCUGGACAGGAGGCCUCUGCCACAACCAUGUUACACCAGAUCAUCAGUCAGGCCAAGAAGCAUCCGAGCUUGAUCCCCCUCCUCGUAUUUAUCAGGGCAAGAGGUACUGGAGCAGCACUGUAUGUCUUGUGCCUGGCAUUGUUCAAUCCAGAUGUCAGUUGGGAUAGGAAGAAUAACCCAGAACCCUGGAACAAACUGGGUCCCAAUGAUCAAUACAGGUUCUACUCAGUAAAUGUAGAUUACAGCAAACUGAGGAAAGAAGGUCCAGACUUCUAA